AUGACAGUGGAGGAGGUGGUUGGAAGAUUAAAAGCUCACGAAGAGAGAAUUAAAGGUCGUAGUGAAAUAGAUGAGAAAAAGGUCCUGUUGACUCAACAAGAAUGGCUGGAAAAAUCCAAGAAGCAAGGAGAAGACGAGUCAAGAUCUUCAAAGUGUUCAAACCGGUCCAACUCAAGCAAUAAUCGAGGUCGAGGAAGAGGACGUGGAAGAGGUUAUAAUAACCACAGAGGAGUUCGUCGAGGAGGCAACUCCUUCCAACAUCAUGACGGUAGUCAUGGAUCAUCUGGUGUCCAGGAUAAAAGUAAGAAAGGAUCUUGGAAGCAAAUUUUAACCCAAGGAAAUCUUGAUGAUGAACCAGCCUUAUUAUUGACUGCAUGUAAAGAAGCCUAUGAUGUUCAAGAAGAUUUCUUGAAUGAAGAAAAAUUGAACCGAAAGUUAAGAUCAGCAGGAGAUGAAUCUAGUAACACAAACAUUUGGUACUUGGAUAAUGGUGCUAGUAACCAUAUGACAGGUCAAAAGGAGAAGUUCUGUGAAUUAAACCAAUCCAUUCAAGGAUUUGUGAAAUUUGGUGAUGGCUCAAAAGUACUUAUAGAAGGAAAAGGCUCGAUUAUGUUCAAGUGCAAGAAUGGGGAAUAUCGUGUACUAAAGGAGGUUUACUAUAUCCCAAUUUUAUUUAGUAAUAUAAUCAUCCUAGGUUAA